UUUGUUGUUGCUUCUAUCAUAUCUAUGGGUCCAAAGCAGUGGACAAGGGAUGAUGACAAACUGUUUGAGAGACUUCUGUUGGAGUUCCCCGAGAAUACUCCGUAUAGGUUUGAGAUUAUCGCCGUCCAUCUUGAGAAACCGCUUGAAGAGGUGAAGCACUACUACGAAGCUUUGGUCCACGAUAUUAACCUUAUCGAAUCGGGUCGAUGCCCUACUACUAAUUAUCCAGAUGGGAUCCCAUCGGAGACCGAACAUAUGGAGAAAGAAAAAACGAGAGGAAUACCUUGGACAGAAGAGGAACACAGGCUUUUUCUAGAGGGACUAGAGAAAUAUGGGAAAGGAAAUUGGAGGGACAUAUCGAGAAAGAUUGUGAGGACAAAGAACUCAGCGCAAGUAGCAAGCCAUGCACAAAAAUAUUUCCUGAGGCAAGUGGCCAAGAAGAACGCAAAGAAACGCUCCAGUAUCCAUGACAUAACUUUGAUAGAUCAUGCUGCUAACAACGUAACCGCACCUCAAUCCGACUUGGAAUCUACGAUGGGCCAACCACCUUCUGAUCAGCAGGGGCUUCAAGACCAUCAUCUUUCCAACGAAGACUUUUGGAUUAGGAAGCUGAAUAGUUAA